AUGUCUAAUUAUAAAUGGUGUAGCAGGUGUUACCUUAUUAAUGCUCUUAAGAAUCUUUUGCAAAGUAGGUGUUCUAUAACUGCUACUACUGGUAAAGCAGCUUAUAACAUUAAAGGUGUAACUGUGCACUCCCUGUUAAAGUUACCUAUAGGGUCAAGAGGUAAUAAAGACCUAACCGGACAAAGCUUGUCUAGAUUAAAGGAGAGCGUUAAUAACAUUGAAUAUAUGAUUAUUGAUGAAUACUCCAUGCUUGGCCAAGUUACUUUUGGUUGGAUAAGCGUUGCAAACAAGCAACUGGUUAUAAUGACAAAGUGUUUGAUUUUAACUGGUGAUCCAGGUCAAUUGCCACCAGUAGCAGAUAAACCUCUUUAUCAUGCCAAACCAUCAAAUGCUGUUGGGGAACAAGGUUAUCAAGCAUACCAUAUGUUUGACAAAGUUGUUAAGCUCACUGUAAAUCAACGUGUACAAGGCAUGACAUCAGAACAAAUACAGUUCAGAGAUUUGUUGUUACGACUUCGCAAAGGCGAGUCAACAGUCGAUGACUGGAAAUUACUUCUGACACGCCAACCAUCGAGUGUCAUUAAUUUAUGCGAAUUUGCAGAUGCCACUAGACUCUUCUAUAGUAAUGAACAAGUUGCAAAUUACAAUAAUGAACAGAUAACAAAACUCAAAUAUCCAAUUGCUCAUAUUAAUGCUCUCCAUUCCUCUCCAUUGGCCAAAAAGAUAUCCUCAGAUGAUAUGUCUGGGUUAGAGCCUGUUGUAUUUCUAGCAAAAGGUGCCAGAGUCAUAUUAACCAUGAAUUUGUGGUCAAAUGUUGGCCUUUGUAAUCGCGCUACUGGAAUUGUUGUUGAUAUUGUCUAUCAGAAUAACCAUCAACCACCUGACUUGCCUAUUGCCGUCAUCAUUGAGUUUGAGAACUAUAGAGGUCCCGCUUUUAAUGUGGACAAACCAUCUUGCAUUCCAAUAUAUCCAAUCACGGUCUCAUCACAGUCAGAAACAGGUUUUCAUGAGCGGCAACAGUUGCCUCUAAGACUCGCCUGGGCUCUAACAAUACACAAGAGCCAAGGACUGACUCUUCCAAAAGCUUGGAUAGAUAUUGGUAAAUCAGAAAGAACUGCUGGAGUUUCCUACGUUGCCAUAAGCAGAGUUAAGUCGCUUUCAUCUUGCGUCAUUGAACCCAUGACGUAUGAAUGA